CUAACACACAUGCAUCCUAACAACAUGACAUAUCUCUAAACCAGACAACAUGGGAUCGUGUGUUAGCUCAGAGGCUGAAGAAAUUUCCUUCCACCCCGUUGUGAAAGGCCAUCACAUAUCAUUAGAUGGUUGCAUGCAUCGUGCAGAAAGAUGGAAGAGCUUCCACCAUGGUUUACUCUUCUCAAACCGACCCUUGCGUUGCCAGGAGAAACUCUGGGUUAGAGUCCUACAAGAUGCACCACAGUGGAACGGAGCGUUAAGACUGGGAUUCACCUCUGUGGAUCCCGACACAAUAGACCCUUCCAGGCUGCCACCCUUUGCUUGUCCUGAUCUCACCAGACUUAAUGGUUUCUGGGCUGUGGCCAUCCCUGAAGACCUGUGCUUUCCAAGUAACCUGAUUUCUUUUUGGGUGAAUAAAAAAGGACAAGCACUCUGUCAGGGAAUGGAAGACCGUUUGCCAACAGUGCUUUUCUCCGGCCUCCCCAGAAAGAAACUGCUUUGGGCCAUGCUUGAUGUGUACGGUCAGACGAAAGCCAUCCAACUCCUCAAUUCCAAAAGAGGGAAGCUGCCAGAGCCAUGCAACUGUCAACCAAAUAAAGCGUCACAAAUCCAAAUGGCUGUGUCCAACCAUGGUAAUGGAACUUCGGACUCCACCUCACAAAUCCAAAUGGCUGUGUCCAACCAUGGUAAUGGAACUUCGGACUCCACCUCACAAAUCCAAACGUCUGUGUCCAACCAUGGUAAUGGAACUUCGGACUCCACCUCACAAAUCCAGACGUCUGUGUCCAACCAUGGUAAUGGAACUUCGGACUCCACCUCACAAAUCCAAACGGCUGUGUCCAACCCUGGCAAUGGGACUUCGGACUCAGGCUCCCCUUGUUUGUGUGCCGAAGACAGCAACUGUGUUUCCUACCUUAAAAACUUGAAUGUCUGCUUGUUCCUUGAAGACGAGCCUUACUGUGUGAUUUGCCAGGAUGAUCUUGCAGACACGCAGCUCUUGCCCUGCUGCCAUGCUUCAUUCUGCAAGUCUUGUGCUCUGAAGGUCCAGAGUCAAAGUGCUCGCUGCCCGUUGUGCAGGCAGGACAUCAUCCACAUUCAGAGUAUCGAAGCAGUGUGACUUGUACAUCCCUAAUACUUUUGUGUUUUCAUACUUCCAAUGUACCAUUUGUUUUAAAAAAUGGUAGUAUCCUCAUAAGUGGAGAGGAGAGAAAAAGACGAGGGACAGGAGGUGCCAGUCAGAAGACUAGGCUGAUUCUUUGAACCUCCAUACUAAAAACCAGAAGACCACAAGAA